AUGGUCUCCCAGCCGUCUCGAGGACACCCUCGUGACCGCCUGCUCUCCCAAGUGAAGCAAUCUGCCCUCAAUUCACCGCUCCAAACCGUUAGCGUAGUCUUUCCAUGCCUCUCCAGCAAGAUGGGUUACCAGGCAUGGCUGCCUGUACCACUGCCAAACCAGCUGGUGGUUUUUGGACUGGGAGACUGGAGCUGUUAUUCCCCGGACACAAGCAUCGCUGUGGAUGUACAGGUGGCAGGGGACAUCAAACCCCAGAGGAUUGGCAGGCUGGAGCCCACCCACAGGUCCCUAGUAUGGGAAGGUGACUGGAGGACAGAUGUUUUCAUGGCCUCAUUGAAAGACAUGGACGAAGGCAGCUCUGUGAAGCUUGUCCUGACUGUCAAUGGGCAGGAGGGCGGCCAGUGCAUGUACUUUGUCUCAUACGGCCUGUCACUGUUUCUGCCACAGCUGCUCAGAGGCUUCUCCAGCAGUACCCCCACCCACCCGUUUCUAGAGCCAGAGACUAUCCAGUCACCGGUGCUCCCAGUGGAUGACAUGCCCCUCCGUCAGGACCUGGAGGACUCUCCUGGGGUUAAAAAUCAGAGCUCAGAGAUGACUGUUAGAGUUUCCAGGCCUGGGAGGAAGGACUUCGCUGCACCACUGAGAAAACCGCUGGUGCCCUGUGCCGUGAAGCCACCACCUGGCAAUACAGAGCCCAGCGAGUCCUGGAGGAAGAGUCCUGUGCAGCUGAGGAAGCCCAGGAAGGUUUUAUUUGAACCCAGAGCAUCCGAGAGAGAACUUGGUGAGGAAGAUCUGGCAGUUAAGGAGUUGCAAGGCAGUCCCAGCCCACGAUGGUGCCAUGCCAUGUGCCUCAGUGACCUGGGAACAGCUGUUCUGAUCGGUGGAGAAGGUGCCAACCAGCAGUCUUGCAAGGAUGUGCUCUGGAAAAUGGAAACUGACAGUGAUUUCUGGUUUCCAGUGGAUUUCCAGCUACGAGAUGCUGUGCCUUCAGGCCUGCGUGGUCACACUGCUACCUAUGACCCGGACACCAAGCACAUCUACAUCUUUGGGGGCAUAAAGGAGGACAAGGACUACAGCAGCAUCUACAUCCUGGACACCGUCACUUGGAAAUGGCUCCUUGUGGCUGCUAAAGGGAGAAUGCCAAUGCUAGCCUACCACAGUGCAAUCAUCUACCGCAAGGAGCUCUUUGUUUUUGGGGGGGCUCUCCCCAAAAUGGCAUCACUGGCUGUUGGAUCCUGCAGCAAUGCACUGUAUGUCUUCAAUCCAGAAUAUGAAAUUUGGUACCAGCCCAUCUUGGAAGGGGAGAAGCCUCUUCCUAGACUCGGGCAUUCAGCUACUCUGCUGGGGAACAAGCUGCUGAUUUUUGGGGGUCAGAGGACCUCUGUCUACCUCAGUGACAUGCACAUCUUGGAUCUGGGUUUCAUGGAGUACACACCAGUCCCUGUCCUCGCAGGACAGCCUUCUGCACGCUGGUGCACAGAGAGGAAUAAUCUCUUGAACAUGCUGUCCCCAGAGCUCCUUUCUACUUCAGACACUCUUACAUGGAGCAUGUUGGUGCACCAUGACCUUUGCCGUCUGCCCCGAGCUGGCCACACAUUGCUUGACAUGACUCCUGCCCACCUGAAGGAUAUGGACAAGGAGAACAAGGACGAGCAUAACCUGCGUACAGUGUUGGUCUUUGGGGGCUCUAACUGUGCUGGGACCUUCUACAACAGCACAGUCAAGAUCCAGUUGGAUCUGGAAUAAU